CUGCUGCGAUUGUCGUCACACCACGUCAGCAGCGCGAAGAAUGGCAGUUCUUCCCAGCAAUGAGUUUGCCAAGGUGGACAAUACAUAGCAGUAGCAGCAGCAGAUGACGAUCGGCUGAUGAGUUGCUGACACAAGCAGCCGUGUCAUCAGCCGGGGCUUCGAGCCAUUCUCUCCUAUAACGGCAGGUUGCCGUUAUCGCUGCCGAGGCGCGGUGAUAUAGCUGUGAUGGCGAGCAGCGCAGGAGUACAGGGUAGCGUCGUCGUCGUCGGGGGUGGAGGCGGCGGUGGCGGCGACAACUGCGGAGUCGCCAACGAGAACGUCGAGGGUAGCAGCUGUCCGGGGAUACCUGGCGGGAGUCCAAGAAAUCCCUUGAUCUGCGGCGUCUGUCAGGACUACUACAGCGACCCGUGCCUGCUGUCCUGUUACCACAGCUUUUGCGCGCGAUGCUUGCGCGGGCCCCACCUCGAGGGGAAGCUCUCCUGCCCGAUUUGCAGACAGGUGACCCAGCUGAAGGAGGGCAUGCAGCAACCGCCGAGCGACGUCCUCAUGAGGCAGCUGGUCGAGUUCGCCAACUGCGAGAAUCCACCCUGUGCCAACUGCGACAAGCGGGACAAGACCACCAUGUACUUCUGCACGACUUGUGGCCAGGCGCUCUGCACGCACUGCCGGGAGCACACGCACCGGGCGAAGAUGUUCUCGUCGCACGAGGUCGUCCACAUGAGCAAGUGCAGCAAGGACACGCAGCGCCGGUGUCCCAGCCACGGCGAGCAGUACAUCAUGUUCAGCCAGAGCGGCAAGUGCAUGCUGUGCGCGAGCUGCUUCCGGGACACGCCAGCCGACGCCCGGCUCCACUGCGUCGACAUCGACACCGCCUGGCAGCAGGUCUCCAAGAAGAUGGAGCGCGCCGCCAACUCCAUUUGCGAGCUUCAGGCUGCCGUGCGCGACGGCCUCCUCGAUCUCAAGUCCCAGCUCGACGAGCUCAGGCACAGCCUCGAGACCGAGAAGCAGGCCAUCAGCUCUUACUGCCAGGGCAUGCAAGAGGCGGUGAACAAGACUCACGCCUCGGUCCUAUCGGAAUUGCACCGGGAAUUCGACAGCAAGGAGCGGAUGGUCCGCACGCAGCUUCUCUCUCUGGGCAGCGCUCUGCCCGUUCUCCAGAUGCACCUCGGACUCUGCACGGCUUUCACGAGUUCCGCCACCAAGUACCAGUUUCUCGAGCUGGCCCACCCGAUGCUCGAGCGACUCGGCCGCGUCGCUCAGCUGGGCCACCUCUCGCGGCCGCCGCUCCUCACCGCGCACAUCAAGAGCAAUUACAAAGCCGAAUUCGCCAGAGCUUUGCAGCCGUUCAUUGCCGGCCAGACCCACGCGCCCAAAGACUUGCUCUACGACCAGCAGCAGCAGCAGCAGCAGCAGCAGCAGCAGCAACAACAGCAGCAGCAGCAGCAGCAGCAACAGGACUCGCAGUUUAUACAGCCGAUCAGCAAAGCUGGGACCAGGCCUCAAGCGAAGAGCGCGUUGGAAUCGGGCCGAUUCAGCAAUCACUGCCGGACCUUCGAUAAUCAACUCCAGGAGUUGAGCAACCAGUUGAAGACUGUGAAAGAGCGCCUGGGCGAGCUGCACCGCGACGUGGCGCUGCUUAGAAGAGCGAACACUCCGCCCUUGGGAACGCGCUACGAGAACGUCGCGAGAGACUGCCGAAUGCUCGAGCAGCAAUUGGAGCACCAGCAAGUGGAACUCGAGAGACUGAGAACCGUCUUCGAUGCCCUCUGGGAGGAGCAGCUCUGCAGGAUUCAUCUCGAAAAGGAGGUCUUCCACUCUCAGAUGAACGACAUACUGUCGCUCAAAGGCGAAGUUAAGCAGUUGCAGUCGGUGGCGCAACAACUGGAGCCCUUCGUCAAGUCCUUUUCAGCGGGGGUGAACGCCGGCGAACUGAGCACGGCUGCUUCCGACGCCGCGGGCCACCAGCACUUGCAAGUCCUCCUGGACCACCUCGCGCGCUUGCAGAUGCAGGAGCCUCUGCAAGCACAGAUGCCUGCGCCGACGAAGGAUCAGUAUCGCCAUCAGCGGAGUACUGGGACGAACGAGAAUGCGCUAUACAGUAAAGACUCGAAAGAAGUGCCGACUCGGUGUAGGACGCCGUCCGGUGGUGUCGAAGCCGUCCUAGAUUCCAGCGGAAACAUAGUCGUCUACGGGACGAAGAGCGAGUCGAAACGCGGGGUCCUGAGCCAGCUGAUCGAGAAGGCCAGAACGAAGGAGGACCGUAAAAAAUCGCCCGGCAGAGAGGAGGGCCGGGACCGCAGCCAAACGCGGCGCUCGCGCAAGUCUCCGGAGAACACCAAGCCCAAGACUCCACCGGGAUACAAAGUGCGCUCCCUUUAUCGUUCGCUCAAGGGAGGCGGCGGCGGGGGUGACGCGUCCAAUGAGGCCCUUGAACAACAGCAGCAGCAGCAGCAGUCUACUCACCAAGCUGGCGAAGAGUGCGAGUACCAGAGAAUAUCGGAAGCCUCGAGCAUGACCGAAGCGAAGAAGCGCGUCCAGGCCCAGAUCCACGCUGUCCCCGGCUCCGGAGGCGAGACGAUCCGGCUGAAGAGCUCGAGCAAGGGACUGAAGGUCUACCCAGCCAGCGACUCGGAGGACGUGUUCUACGGCAGCGGCGACAAAUCCUCGGCGGAGAAUCGCGAGAGACGACGUCGACGAGCCAGCUGCGACAGUCUCAGCACCACGGGCUCCGGUGGCAGCAGGCGUUCCAGCAUCGCCGACGGCACAGUCGCGCUGUCCGCCCAGGACGCCAGGAAGACCCUGGUAUUCCUCAUCGGCCCGAGUCCGAACUCGUCCUCGUCGCUCGUGCAGAAGCAGCGCUCCUGGGAAACGUUUCCACGGCCUAAGAGCAAGCGCAACGUCUCGGUCUCCGAUGGCGCCGCCACCCUCGGACAGCUCAAGAAGGCCGACAGCUUCGAGGGCCACGAGGAGGCGGUGCGCACCCUCGUCGCCGCGGUUCAGGAGACCCGUUCCCAACUGCGCCAACACCACCUCCAGCAGCAGCACCGCUAUCACCGUAAGAGCAAGACGAAUUAGUGCAGUCAAUUCGUUGUAAUAGUUGUAAUAAUGGAAAUUUGCCUCUUGCGAUAAUUCUAAUCUGAUGUAUAUGUACUACGGCCCCUCCCCGAUUACCUCUUAUUACCCGAACGACGAAUGAUAGAUACAACUCGACGAACGGACUAAAAGAUAUUAUUACGUACAGGUAUGUAUGAUAUAUAUGCGAAGGAAAUUCGUGCUUUUAUGUACUAUUUAUGUACACAUACGUAUAUUAUACGUACGGGAGAGUGAGCGAGUGAAAGUACAAGAGGGUGAAAGAGAUAUGCCUACAUAAAUACGAAGCUGCACUCGCGACAAUGAUGCUGCAGAUACAUAAACGCGAUGCAGCUCUAUAAGUAUAUGAACAAAUUAAGCGCGCGCGCAGAGAGUCAAUGUUGAGGAUGUAAUUUCAUUUGGCGAAUUCGAACACUACCAAUUGUGUUUUAAGUAUAAUCGAUUUCGGUGUAUCGGUUUUUAGGAAUUGUAUCGGACUUUGCUGCUCCUUCCAUUCUGUGAUUCCCUGAAUUAUUUUUUAUCUCAUAUUUUAUCGUAUAUAAUGUAAACAUACUGCCAUGCACGAACGCACGCACAGACACAGCGCAUUUUUCAAUCGCCGAAAUCCGUAUUUUUUAUAUGUUGUAUACUUGUAAUAUUUGCGUUUUGAAAGGAAUAAUUACUAUAGAUAAGACAAUUGUAUAGUCUUUCCAUUUGCUGUCUAACAGCGGCACCAGCAAUUGGAGUAAUCAAAGCCUUGAUUAGAUUUAGUAUUAUCAUUGAAACCCAGAUAAUAUGUCGAUGUGCAUUCUUCCACAUAUAUAUAUAUAUAUAUAUAUAUAUAUAUAUAUAUAUAUAUAUAUAUAUGUGUGUGUGUACAACAUAAUUCUACUGGAUUGUAUCUUUUUUGAAAGUAAAGAAUGCGCGUGCGACAUUAUAUUAUAUAUUAUAUAGCGAGCAAAAGUCGAUUAAAGACGAAAGAUAACUUGUUAGAAACUAACACUGCCAGUCGCGGUACAUUACGAAUUUAAUUGAUGGUAAUCAUGAUAUAGCUUAACGACAACAAAUAUAAUAAUAACUACAAGAAUAAUAAUAAUAAACAACAAUAAUAUUAAUAAAAAUAACAAUAAUGAUAUGAUAUUAAAAAUAAUAAUUAUAACAAUGCACGGGAAAACCAAACGAAUUGUAUUCAAACUUUCUCGGUUGUUUACUGAUUAGAAAAAAAAAUAAUAAUGAAAGUUAUCAGAUGUAUUUAUUGAAAUUGCUAUUGAUGAUUUUAUGAAAACGUAAAUUACUCAGGCUCUACAUCUGACAAAUGCGAAUCUCAACAAGGUAACCAAGAAGUUUUGAGCGAUUUAAGAAUGUUCAGACUUGAGGUCGACUGCAAGGGCGUUAUUAUUAGGUAGAAUAUAAACGUAUUUGACAAGUAUGUAUGCAAAUGUCAAAUAGUCGAUGAUAUUCAAAACAGAAAGAACAAAUAAAAUAAAUGCGUUAAAAUAUGUUAUAAA